AUGUUUUGGGCUCGUGGCAAAAAUAAAAUCUGUGCUGCAUUAAUUGCUGUAUUAAUUUAUAGAAGACGCGGUCGGGAAACAAAUGAUAAUGCUUAUUAUCAAUCAGCUGAUGAAUUUGAAAAUUUAGCUGUACAAAUUCUUAAUAAAUUUCAUCAAACGAAUGCUCGUGAAUGUAUCACAGCAAUUAUACGAAAAAUACCGGCUUAUGGUAAUGUGACAUGGCUAGAAUUAGCUAUAAAAGCUGAAGCUAAACAAUUUAUUGCUCAACGAGCUGUACAAGAAGUACUCAAUAAUAUGUGGUACGGAUAUGUUGACCAAGGAGUAAAGUUCUCGACGAUUAUCUUUUCAACACUUAUGCUUUGGUACAGUGGUCUUCUUAGUUAUCAAAAUAAAUUAGUGGAAGCAAAUGAACAAAUAACAUUGCUUGAUAAAUCACGUCGUAAAUCAAGUUUAUUUCAACGUAAUCAAACAACAAGAUCAGAACAUAUGAUGAAUAGUUCUUCCUUUUUGCGUUGUAGAAAGAAAAAAUUAAUUUUAGCUACUAUAACUUACGUAGCAAAAGUAGUAUUAAAUGGAUUUAAGAUAUCAAAUUUCCUUGGUUCAUCUAUUGUUCGAUGA